AUGAACAACAAGGACGCGAAACCAUUCCCACUCGAUACGUCCUUGCGAGACCUUGCGCUCAUUCGCGUCUCUGAGCUUGAUGUCGCGUCGCUCAUUCCAACCAAUCCAGGCACUAUGACGUCUGGCGUGAUCGAUGUGGAUUCGACUGUGGCCAAGUCGUAUGAAUUUGUUGCAGAGGCUCGGGCAGCUAUCAAGUUACGUGGUCAUAAAAUCGGAAGCGUCGGAGAAAGGGUCGAUGCCUGUUUGUUAUCUUUUACCGAGCAACACGUGUAUCAAAGGACUUUUGUCCUCAACCACGAUAUGGUAUCCGCUCUGCUCCUCUUGCGAGUACUUGCACCGGUGCCAGUCCUUUUAACCCUCUUCACCCUCCUCCGUACCCCUCCAUCCGUCCCACACUCACCCGUUGACAUCACUCGAGUGGUCAUACCCACCAUAAUUGCCCGCCGUGGCCUUAUUCUGACCCUAUUGACGCUUCUAUCUUUUUCCGCCUUACUGGAUGGUUGCCUCUUCGUCAUAUUUGCAGUCCUAGAUAAGACAUGGCCGCGCAACACUGGCAUCGAAUAUAAUGCCGUCCUUGCUGUUUUUGCAUUUGCCGGUUUGGCGGCCCUUGGGGCAUGGAAGGACCUCCAAGGUGUCAAUGUUUGGUCCCUAAAACGCCUCAAAGUUGCUGUUCUCGCUUCUUCCCUAUUGGACCUUGCACUUGUGAUCCUCCUUGUCAAGUCUUUCAGGACUGGCUCACGUUUCCCACUCACACACGAAUCCUUGACGAUAUUAUUUCCUUCAUUCCGAGUCCUAGCCGGUUUCGUGCUUAUUGCUGUCCUUGCUUCUCCCCGCAUUGUUUACAAAGCCGUCCCACAAGACUCUGAAAACGACAUACCGACCGACUCCUCAUCGCUCUUACCUCCGCCUUCCACCGGUCUUUCUCCUCUCUCGGCCGUGGCAAACGAGUCGAAUAAAUAUGGCACAUUCAGGCCUACUCGCAGUGGCUUGGCUUCAUCCAAUACAGCUUCCAGGGUCCCAAGUCCGCUUCCCUCCGAAGUCGCCGAUCAGUCCACUGAGAAGCCCGAAAUUUCGCUCGACCCAUCCUGGACCGAAAUAUGGCAGCGUCUUUUGCGCAUCACGCCUUAUUUGUGGCCUUCUAAGAGUCGCUCCCUUCAAUUGCUUAUGGCACUCUGCAUAAUUCUAAUUCUUGUCGGACGCGUCGUCAAUGCUAGCGUUCCUUUCACUCUGGGUGAAAUCGUCCGCAUCUUUGAAGGCACUUCCCAACGCUCCGUCUGGCCCGUUCUUCUACUCUAUGUCCUCCUUCGUUUUCUACAAGGCAGCGGUGGUCUAGCCGCCCUUCGCGAUUGUCUGUGGACCCCCGUUAUGCAAUACUCGGAUCGACAAAUGUCCCAGCUUGCUUUCGAUCACUUGCUCCAGCUUUCAUUCAACUUUCAUAUUCAUCGCAACACGGGACAAGUCCUCCGCGUUCUUGAUCGUGGUGCCGCCAUCAACCACACUUUAGAGCACUUGAUAUUCACUAUAGCGCCCACUUUCAUCGACAUUGCCAUUGCGCUGGUAGUUUUUUCGUUGACUUUUGGCCUCUUACUUGCAUCGGUCGUUUUCGCUGUCCUGUUCCUCUAUGUGUCUGCUAGCGUUAUCUUGACGCGUUGGAGGACCAGAAUCCGUCGGCAAAUGAACGAAUGCGAUAUUGUGACGCGUGGUAUUGCCUCGGACACUCUGCUCAACUACGAGACUGUCAAGUACUUCUCUGGUGAGGAACAAGAGUCCUUGCGAUAUCAGGAAGCCAUCGGCCAUUACCAGGCUCUCGAGUCGAAAGUGAUCUUCUCGCUGAAUCUGCUCAACCUGGUUCAAAACCUGAUCAUAAGUACUGGCCUCCUCGCAGGAUCCUUGAUUGUCGCCCAUCGUGUGACAUCGGGUCAGGCAGCACCAAGCGAUUUCAUCAUCUUCAUAACCUACCUUGCCCAGCUUUAUGGGCCUCUCAACCAGAUAGGCUUUAUGUACCGUACCAUCAACCAGACCUUGGUGGACACAGAGAAACUGCUACAGCUCCUCAACGAACCUACCGAAGUCGAGGAUCGAGACAAUGCUUCUACCUUGGUUGUUGACGGCGGAGAGAUUCAAUUCGAAAACGUCUCUUUCUCAUAUGACAACCGGACAACCGCUCUCAACGGUGUCUCUUUUACAGUACCCAAGGGCUCUUCCGUGGCCUUGGUCGGCGAGUCGGGCUCCGGAAAGUCGACCAUCACCCGUUUGCUCUACCGGUUGUAUGACCUCCCUGAAGGAUCUGGUCGAAUCCUAAUCGAUGGCCAGGACAUUAGGGAUGUGACCCAGAAAUCAUUACGAGGAUCUAUUGGCGUCGUUCCUCAGGAUUGUGUCCUGUUCAACCGAUCCAUGGCCUACAAUAUCGAGUAUGGCAAAUUCGGGGCAACCAAUGAGGAGAUAGAAGAGGCAGCCAAGUCCGCUCAGAUUCAUGAGCGCAUAACGACGUUCCCUGAUGGCUAUCAAACCAAGGUCGGCGAACGAGGAGUGCGUCUGAGUGGAGGAGAAAGGCAACGAGUUGCGAUUGCUAGAACGCUUCUGAAAAAUCCACCUAUCUUACUUCUCGACGAGGCCACCAGUGCUCUUGACUCGUCCACCGAAAAAGAUAUUCAGAAGGCGUUGCAAAAUCUGAUGCGAGGCAGAUCAUCAUUGUCUAUCGCUCACCGUCUUUCGACCAUAGCAUCGGCUGACCUCAUUCUGGUUCUCAAAGAUGGACAAAUCAUUGAACGUGGGACUCAUGCUGAACUCCUGGCAGCCGAUGGCGUCUUUGCUGCUAUGUGGGCAGACCAAAUCACCACUGGCGAUGUCCCAACUCCACCUCCAGUAACUGACAAACCGUUACCUGAAGAGCCUGUAGAGGAUUCUGCCGAGCCUAUCGUGACCGGAUAUUCCGCACAAGUGGAAGAGCCAGCAGAGUCGAUAGAGGUAACAGAGCCAAUAUCAGAAGUUGCCACAGAAAGCCCGCAGCCUAUUCUUCUCGAGGAAGUCCCCGUUAUCGACUCCCAACCCACAGAUGCUGAUCACGAGGCCUCCGCUAUCACGCCCGUCGCAUUCCCAACUUCUGAGCCAGAGUUCGACUCCGCGACGCCCAACGCCCCUCUUGAUGUCCAGCCGGUGACUUUCCCUGUGUCGGACGACGCAUCCUUGGCCGAAAAUACGCCGAUAGCUUCUCCUGGAGUGACAUUUGAGCCCAAUCUCAGUCAACCAACCACCACAACCGACCCUGAGGCUGAACCCAAACGAAAACGUAUUUCGUCUCAAAACUUCCAACGACUUGCCAGACGUAUUUCAAUCGGUACACGGCGACAAGGUUCAACUUCGUCUAUCGCUUCGAUCAUUCCUGGUCUGAAGCGCGACAAGAGCGGAGAUGAAACAAGUGUGCGGGCAGAGGGCAGCGGACGAAACUCGGUUGAUAGUCCUACGGGAAGCCUUUCGGGGGACAAAGAUGUUGUCAAAGGCAAGAAAAAAAAGGAGAAGAGAAAAACACUUAGCGGCUAG